AUGGAACCCGAAAGAUCAAAACCACUCCACAACUUUUCAUUACCACCCAUGAAAUGGGGAACACAACGUGUACUAAGAUUUGUCAACACCGACCCUUUGCCUCUCAAUCGCAAUUCUCCCCAAACCGACCCUAAUCACAAAAACCAUGAAACCGUCGUUCGUGAAAGAAUCAUGGGUGAUCUAACAGUCGCUGCAACAAAACUUAAAGUUUCUAUUUUUGAAGAAAAUGCUAAUGCUGAUGCUGAUGCUUCUGCAAUUAGGCCUUGGAAUUUGAGAACAAGAAGAGCAGCGUGUAAAGCACCGCCACCACCUUCGCUGGCACCGCCACCGCCGCCUAGGGAGGAAGGAAGAAGGUUUUUUGAUGUUGGGUCUUCUUCACCUUCUUCGCCUGUCAUGAUGAUGAAGAAGAAGAAAAUGGUUAUGGUGGAUGAAAAAGUUAAAUUCUCUGUUUCUCUUUCUAAGGAAGAGGUUGAACAAGAUUUCUGGGCUUUGGCUGGGACUAGACCACCCAGAAGGCCCAAGAAGAGGCCCAGAAUUGUUCAGAGACAAUUGAAUACACUUCUUCCUGGGAUGUGGCUAUCAGAGGUGACUGCAGAGUCAUACAAAGUUUCUGAAGUUCCCGAAUGA